CUGCAUCAUUGCUGAAACUUCCACGCAGCUGUUAUCACUGUCAUUGCGCACAUUUAACACGCGGGAAACCUAUGAGAGCAUGAAGCCCACCAGAACGGAUUCUCUGUCCGAUACUGUCCCGCACCGGAGCGUGCUUUAAACACACGUGCUGUUUCUUUUUGCUGCAAGGUGACGCAGCGCCGCGGAUCAGGUGGAGUGACGACAACUGCGGCACGGAGAGCGCGAGCUCGACCCGGGCGUAUCGCGCAUUUAACGGAUAACGGCGCGCGUACUGGAAGCUACUAUGUGCGACCAUUCACAAUGACAACCAAGCGAAAGUCAAGCAAUCUACAGCUGCGGCGGUCCAUCAGCGAACAGCUGCGCGACUCCACAUCCAAAGCCUGGGAUUUACUCUGGAGAAAUAUACGGGACAAACGGCUGGCAGAAAUCGAAGCAAAGGAGGCAUGUGAUUGGCUGAAAGCGGCAGGAUUCCCACAGUAUGCCCAACUGUACGAGGAUUCCCAGUUUCCCAUUGAAAUAUCUGGAGUCAAGAGGGACCAUGACUUUCUCGACAAAGAUCUUGUGGAGCCUAUUUGCCGUCGACUCAACACUCUGAACAAGUGUGCCUCCAUGAAACUGGACGUGAGCCUCCCCAGAAAGAAAAGUGAGGACUCUGAUGAGGAGGACCUGUUGGCCAUCAGCACUAGAUGGACGUUUGAGAGGAACAGUCGCCGCUGGUCACGUCUGCAAGACAUCGAUUACCUCCUGGGUAGAGCGGAGGAGCGAAGCCCCUCAGAGAUCGGCGAGGGUUUGCGGACCACCGUCAGCAGUGAGAGCAUUCUGACGGACCUGAGCGAGCCGGAGAUCUGCUCCCUCCACAGCGAAGACUCCUUGUCUGCCAUGCCCGAUUCUGCCUCGCUUGCCUCACUGCACUCACCUAGAGACCUGCCUCAUUACGGUUCACUUCCUGCCAAGAGCAGGCAACGCGGACGCACGCGAGCCAAAGACUUCCUGCGGAGGAUGGAGACCAUCGGUCGGACGUGGGGCCCGUCAAUGGACCGGUCAGAGCGACGCUCUUUGGUUAUCAGUGCUCCAGUUUUACAAAGCGAGCCCCAGGCGUUGAAAACUUUACAUUGUGUUCAGAUCUUCAACGGCGAGCCCCUAAACGCUGAAAAUACACCACUGACUAACAACUGUGCGAAUUCACUCGCCAGCAGCGAGGCGAGCAGUCAAUCAGAGACCAGCGGCAGUGCCGGAAGCACACCGAACACAAAAGGACGAGGUUUGAAGUUUCACACCCCUGGUAAACGUGCAGGCGUCUACCUGGAGGAUAUCGAUGUUCUCGCAGGCGCCCCCCACAGGAGGAGACCGGUAGAACAGAGUCGUAAACAUGACUUCCACUCCUAUGAGGAGCUAAUGGUGCACAUCCCAAAAGAUCAUAAGCCGGGUACCUUCCCCAAAGCUCUCUCCAUUGAGAGUCUGGCACCAUCGAGCAAGGACCACCUUAUAAAUUGGAAGGUCAUGAAUUCAGAACAGCAGCUGAUGAAGAACAGGAAAAUAGGUGGAAGGGAUCUGCGGCAAGUGACGCGCUGCUGUCCUCGGGGAAGUCGGAUCAGCGUUUACGACAAUGUGCCCGGCUCGCACCUAUACGCAAGCACAGGGGAUUUACUGGAUCUGGAGAAGGAGGAUAUAUUCCCGCACCUAGAUGACAUACUGCAGCAUGUGAAUGGCCUGCAGCAGAUUGUAGACCAUUGGUCUAAAAGCGUCUUGCCGGAAAGCGAAGGGGAGGGGAGAGAAGAAAGCAGGCCGGACCAGAGGAUUACAGAUGUCCAGUCCUCCAGUCAAAUCACACUGGACUAUGAAGGGAACUCAGUAAUCGGCCUGAACACGUCAAGCGAUGGGAACAGAGAUGGGGUUUCGCUAAAUGACACAGACACUUCCAGCAUCCGAGAGAGGAGAGACUCAGGGGUGGGAGCAUCUCUCACACGACCACGGUUUAGAUGGCCCAGCUUCAGGAUGUCAAACCUUCUCGGCCAAUCAGGAAUCUCGUUACAGAUAUCGAGCCAAUCAGUAGGCCAGCUUAGCUUGCUGCAGAAGUUCUCUUUACUGCGUCUCACUGCUAUCAUGGAGAAAUACUCCAUGUCCAACAAGCACGGCUGGACUUGGUCAGUUCCUAAAUUUAUGAAGAGGAUGAAGGGCCCUGAUUAUAAGGAUAAGACGGUUUUUGGAGUUCCUCUGAUUGUUCAUGUGCAGCGCUAUGGACAUCCUCUGCCCAUCAGUCUACAGCUCGCUCUGCGCUAUUUAAGGAGUCAGUGUUUAGACCAGGUCGGCCUUUUCCGCAAAUCUGGCGUGAAGUCUCGCAUUCAUGCUCUGCGGCAGAUGUGUGAAAGCUCUCCGGAAAACGUCAGCUACGAGGACCAGUCUGCGUAUGACGUGGCCGACAUGGUUAAACAGUUCUUCAGAGAUCUGCCUGAACCUCUCCUCACCAGCAAGAUGGGAGAAACCUUUCUUCACAUAUACCAAUAUGUUCCUAAAGAACAGCGCUUACAGGCUGUCCGGGCCGCCAUCAUGCUGAUGGCUGAUGAAAACCGGGAGGUCCUGCAGACGCUGCUGUGCUUCCUAAAGGAUGUCACGUCUUCUGUUGAGGAAAACCAGAUGACCCCGAUGAACCUGGCUGUGUGCCUCGCUCCGUCUCUCUUCCACCUCAACAUCAUGAAGAACGAUAACCUGUCACCAAGGUCUAUUCAGAGGAAGUAUGCCACGGGGCGGCCUGACCAAAAGGACCUGAAUGAGAACCUUGCAGCCACUCAGGGGCUUUCCCACAUGAUUGCUGAAUGCAACCACCUGUUUGAAAUCCCGCAUGAGAUGGUGUCUCAGUCCAGGAACUCAUACAUGGAAGCUGAGCUGCUGGCGCCCUCUAUAGACGAGCUGUGUAAAAGAAAACCACAACAAGAUGAGGAGGAGGAGGAAGAGGUGGAGAGCUCCUAUCACUCUUACCUGGAGAACCAGAUACAGAAUCUGAUAAAAGACAGCAAGGAUAGAAACAAGGGAUGGGUGACUAGAGCAAACGUCGACAAUACAGAGGUCUCAUUCAAAAAGGUGGGAGAUGGGACCCCAUUGAGAAGGUGGCGUGUGUCUGCAGAGGUGGAGGCUCCUCCAUCUGUGUUGCUGAACCGUAUUCUGCGGGAGCGCCAUCUAUGGGACGGUAACCUGCUCCAGUGGAAGGUUCUGGAAACUCUGGACAAACAAACUGAGGUGUAUCAAUAUGUGCUCAAUAGCAUGGCCCCUCACCCCAACAAAGACUUUGUGGUGCUUAGGACGUGGAGGACAGAUUUGCCAAAAGGCGUGUGUGUGCUGGUGUCAGUAUCGAUCGAUCAUGAGGACGGAGCACAGCUGGGGGGAGGGAGAGGGGUGGUUCUGGAAUCGCAGUAUCUGCUGGAACCAUGUGGUUCUGGCAAGUCCAGGCUCACACAUAAAUGCAGAGUUGAUCUGAAAGGUAAGUCUCCAGAGUGGUACAACAAAGCUUUCGGCCAAAUCUGUGCUACCGAGGCCGUCCACAUCCGCAACUCCUUUCAGACUGUGGAUCCCGAGGGCCCAGAGACCAAAAUCUGAGAGAGGCUAUGGAAUCAUGGUUGAACUGGGAUGUUGUACUGCAUCAGGCCAAAUGAUCACAGAACAUGAACUGGGCCAACAGAAGUAAGAAGAAAGGAGAUUCGAGAGAGAUUAAGAAAGUUGAAGGUUUUAUUGUGUCUACUCCCAAACAACAACAGUCUGCCAUGUCUCUAUGGUGUAACACGUCUUAAGUGUUUUUUUUUUGGAUUUGUUUUAAACCCUCAUAAUGUAUUUAAUAUGGACCGUUUAAUGUAAAUUUGUGCCGCUGUUCAAAACUGCCACUUUUGACAUGUUGGCAGCUGCUGUUUUGGGAAGUUUGAUGAGAGGCAGAAAAGAUGGACAGAGAAGGUGACAGACAGUCUACACUGUAGCCAUGAAUCCAUGCCUGUGCCGUAGCGCCGCUUCAUGUUGUCCAGACUGUUCGACAGGUCUGCUUUGACCUCAGCAGGCAGCUUUAACUAGAGCAAAGCUUACAGCAGUUACAUACAGAUGUGAAUAACAAACCACCUCAUGCUAUCAAAACACAGCAGGUCUGGUUUAGUGUUAGUGAGCUGAGCAAAACCACUGCGUCCUUAUGACGUUUGACCGUAUUAAGGUACGAUAUUCUCUAUUCCCUUUUGCAAUUUAUUUAUAAAUCUAUAUUUAAGCGUUUUAUCCCUAGUCAUUUGAAUGAAGAUAAAGUUAAAAAGAUUUUUUUUGUCUUUAGAAUUUGUAUUGAUGUGAAGUAUUUACUAACAAUAUUCCUGAUUUUCCCUCAUUGUUUCAAAGUUUCGUUUUAAGAAAUGUUCUGUUUAUUCAUAAAACUGUGGUAAUUUUCUUUGAUUAUUUUGUCGCAGGUAAGCAAUAAUGUAUUAUUAUGAUAAAUGCACCAGUAUUGUGCUUUUCUGACUAGGCAAAAUGAAUAUGUUACGCCUACAAAAAAAGGAAAAUUGUAAAUAAUAUAAUAUUUCUUGCAAGCAUGUCAAAUUAUUAUUAUACAUUAUGUUGUUGUCACUCUACGAUGUCUAGGACAUUAAUUCAUUUCACUGCUUCUAAGAAGCGUCACGUGUCAAUUCACAGAGUUGUACGUUUGUGUAUAAAUGUGUAUAUAAUUCACUGUGUAUAUGUUGUACAUAAAUAAGGCUUAUUGGCA